AUGUCCGAGCCAACCAUUGCCAUGACCCCGCCGCAAAAGUCUGCUCCGCCGAUCUCGCUACAUCAGUACAACAUCAUGGUGUCGUCAAGCAUCCUCGGCUUCCCCCGCCAGGGCGUUCUGCGCGACCUCAAGAAGGCCAACGAGGCCUACUGGGGCGGCAAGCUCUCCCGCGAUGACCUCCUCGCCGAGGGCAAGCGCCUGCGUGCUGCUCACUGGAAGAUCCAGAAGGAUGCCGGUGUCGACAUCAUCCCCAGCAACGACUUUGCUUUCUACGACCACGUCCUCGACCACAUCCAGCUCUUCGGUGCUGUUCCUCCCCGUUACACCGACACCAAGCUCGAGCCCCUUGACGAGUACUUCGCCAUGGGCCGUGGCCACCAGAAGGACGGCAUUGACGUCCCCUCCCUGGAGAUGGUCAAGUGGUUCGACUCCAACUACCACUACGUGAAGCCUACCUUCCAGGAUGGCCAGGAGUUCAAGCUGUCUUCCAACCCCAAGCCCGUUGUUCAGUUCAACGAGGCCAAGGAGGCUGGUGUCACUACCCGCCCCGUCCUUCUCGGUCCCGUCUCUUUCCUUCACCUCGGCAAGCCCGACCGUGACCAGUCUGUCGACCCCAUCUCCCUUCUCGACAAGCUCCUGCCUGUCUACGUCGAGCUCCUGAAGCAGCUCAAGGCUGCCGGUGCCGAGUCGGUCCAGAUUGACGAGCCUGUCCUCGUCUUCGACCUGCCCGAGAAGACCAAGGCUGCCUUCAAGCCCGCCUACGAGAAGCUCGCUGGCGAGGGUCUCCCCAACCUCGUCCUUGCCACCUACUUUGGUGACAUUGUCCACAACUUUGACGUUCUCGCCGCCACCACCCACCUGUACGGCCUCCACGUCGACCUCGUCCGCAACCCCGAGCAGCUCGGCCCUGUCAUUGAGAAGCUCGGCCCCAAGCAGGUCCUGUCUGCUGGUGUCGUUGACGGCCGCAACAUCUGGAAGACCAACUUCUCCAAGGCCAUUGGCAUCGUCAAGGAGGCCGUCUCCAAGCUCGGCGAGGACCGUGUUAUCGUCGCCACCUCCAGCUCUCUGCUCCACACCCCCCACACCCUCAAGUCCGAGAAGAACCUUCCCGAGGAGGUCUACGCCUGGUUCGCCUUCGCUACUGAGAAGGCCACCGAGGUUGCCAUCAUUGCCAAGGCCAUCACCGACGCCGCCUCCGUCCAGGAGCAGCUCGAUGCCAACGCCAAGGACAUCCACGCCCGUGCCACCUCUGCCCGCACCAACAACCCUGACGUCAAGAAGCGCCAGUCUGAGGUCACCAAGGAGCAGCACAACCGCAAGUCUGCCUUCCCUGAGCGUAUCGCCGCCCAGCGCAAGCACCUCAACCUUCCCCUCUUCCCCACCACCACCAUCGGCUCCUUCCCCCAGACCAAGGAGAUCCGCAUCCAGCGCAACAAGUUCACCAAGGGUGAGAUCACCGCUGCUGAGUACGAGAAGUUCAUCGAGAGCGAGAUCGAUGAUGUCAUCCGGAUCCAGGAUGAGCUUGACCUCGACGUCUACGUCCACGGCGAGCCCGAGCGUAACGACAUGGUUCAGUACUUCGGUGAGCGCAUGGACGGUUACGUCUUCACCACCCACGCCUGGGUCCAGUCUUACGGCUCUCGCUGCGUCCGUCCUCCCAUUGUUGUCGGUGACAUCUCUCGCCGCAACAACGAGGCCAUGACCGUCAAGGAGUCCAAGUACGCCGCCGCCCACUCCAAGAAGCCCAUGAAGGGCAUGCUUACCGGCCCCAUCACCUGCCUCCGGUGGUCGUUCCCCCGUGACGACGUCCACCAGUCUGUCCAGGCCCAGCAGCUCGCCCUCGCCCUGCGCGACGAGGUCGUCGACCUCGAGGCCGCCGGCAUCUUCGUCAUCCAGGUGGACGAGCCCGCCCUGCGUGAGGGUCUCCCUCUCCGCAGCGGCAAGGAGCGCGAGGCCUACCUCGAGUGGGCCGUCGACUCGUUCAAGCUGUCGACGGCCGGCAUUGCCGACUCGACCCAGAUCCACUCGCACUUCUGCUACUCGGAGUUCCAGGACUUCUUCCACGCCAUUGCCGCGCUCGACGCCGAUGUGCUGUCCAUCGAGAACAGCAAGUCGGACGCCAAGCUGCUGCAGGUGUUUGACCGUGAGGCGUACCCCCGCCAGAUCGGCCCCGGUGUCUACGACAUCCACUCCCCCCGUGUCCCCUCGGAGGAGGAGAUCAAGACGCGCAUCGAGGAGAUGAUCACCAACGGUCUCCGCCCCGAGCAGCUCUGGAUCAACCCCGACUGCGGUCUCAAGACGCGCCAGUGGAAAGAGACCAAGACGGCGCUGACCAACCUGGUCAACGCCGCCAAGUUCUUCCGCGAGAAGUACGCCGACAAGGCCUAA